CAGGAGGGGACAUCAGCCACGGCAGCUCAGCUGUAUGUGUGUGUGUGUGUGUGUGUGUGUGUGUGGAUUGCACCAUCAUACCCUCCCCUGUGCCUGCUUACAGCCAUGCUUUGAAAGACUAUCUAUAUCUGUUAUUUAUAAAAAAUACAUUUAUAUUUUGUAUUACUGAGUAAUCAAAGCAUUGUUCAUUUGGCGUGAGUAAAAGAAAGUGACUUCGGCUAUGGCUUUAGUAAUGGAACCUAUUAGCAAAUGGACACCCAAGCAAGUACUGGACUGGAUGAAAGGACUUGAUGACUGCCUUCAACAGUACAUUAAGAAUUUCGAGCGGGAGAAGAUCAAUGGGGAGCAGCUCCUUCACAUCACCCACCAGGAACUGGAGGAGCUGGGGGUGACUCGCAUCGGACACCAGGAGCUCAUUCUGGAGGCUGUGGAUCUGCUCUGUGCACUGAAUUAUGGCCUUGAGACAGAGAACCUGCGAACACUCUCCCACAAGCUCAAUGCCUCGGCCAAGAACCUACAGAACUUCAUUGCUGGCCGGCGGAGGAGCGGACACUAUGACGGCAGGGCCUCUCGACGGCUACCCAACGACUUCUUGACUUCCGUGGUCGACCUCAUCGGUGCUGCCAAGAACCUCCUGGCCUGGCUGGACAGGUCUCCUUUUGUAAGCGUGACAGAGUAUUCAGUGCUGAAAAACCAUAUUGUUCAACUGUGCCUGGAACUAACAACAAUAGUGCAACAGGAUUGCACUGUGUAUGAAACAGAAAACAAGAUCCUCCACGUGUGUAAAACUCUGUCUGGAAUCUGUGACCACAUCAUCUCCCUCUCCUCCGAUUCACUCGUCUCUCAGUCUGCUCACCUGGAGGUCGUCCAUCUCACCAACAUCAUGCCCAGUGAUGGCCUGGGGAUGUACAUCAAGUCAACAUAUGACGGGCUGCAUGUAGUCACUGGAACCACUGAAAAUUCUCCCGCAGACCUGUGCAAGAAGAUCCACGCUGGGGAUGAGGUCAUCCAAGUCAACCACCAGACUGUGGUGGGCUGGCAGCUGAAGAACCUGGUGAACGCACUGCGAGAAGAUCCCAAUGGUGUCAUCCUCACGCUAAAGAAGCGACCCCAGAACACGCUGACCUCAGCCCCCGCCCUGCUCAAGAAUGUACGCUGGAAACCCCUCGCCCUCCAGCCCAUCCCUACCAGCCCUAACAGCUGCUCAACCACCCCAACCAACACGAUGGUCAUGUCUUCAAAGAUAGACAGCUCUAACAUGCAUGACGUUUUUAUCCUGUCUCCUGUCUCAGGGCUUUACGGACCCAGGGAAGAGAUGGGCAUCAUGUCCUGUGAUGACAUCAGCAAGUAUGGAAUGGGAAAGUCUGGGAUGAAGGGCUCAGAAUCUCCCAGCUACUUCCUGGACCACGAGAGUGGGAAGUACUACACACUGGUGGAGGGGGAGGGCGUCUCGGUGGGCCCAGACUACGAGCGGGGGAGAUCGGCGGGUGUGCGGAGACGAGAGAGGACGCCCACUCACGGUGACCUCAGGCCGGUUUCCAUGCCAGCAGAGUACAGCUGGAUAGGAGAGACGAAGGAGCCCAACAUGUACAAGAGGGGGAGCAGAGACUCUGAGAACUCUCUCCUUCGUUACCUGAGUGACGACAAGAUCCUGGUGAUUCAGGAGGAGCCCGAGACCCAGCGGGAGUGUAAGCGGGACACGGGCCAGCGAUCCCGGAAGAAGGGCAAGAACCCCAGCAGCCCCAACUAUCCCAUCAGCCCCUCCCUGCUGACAUCCACUGUGCGGCUGGACUCGUCCCAGUCAGAGUUGCUGUCCUUCCCUCCGCCCGAGAGCAACACUGUCCCCCUCUACCACAGAGCUGGGGACACGCUGCGAGGAGAUUCGGAUCGGUAUGCUAGUUCUGGAAUAGAUAGACAAGGGGUCACAUCCAUGAGGAAGUCAUUUCAUUACGCCUCCUUAAGGACUAAAACCAAAAAGAGAACCAAAGGCUCUCUGACCAGCGGAAGCCGGCGGAGGAUCUCCUGUAAAGACCUGGGCCAUGGCGACUGUGAGGGCUGGCUCUGGAAGAAGAAGGAUGCCAAGGGCUACUUCAUCCAGAAGUGGAAGAAGUACUGGUUCAUCCUCAAGGAUUCCUCACUCUACUGGUACACCAACCAGAAUGAUGAGAAGGCAGAAGGGUUCAUCAGUCUCCCAGAAUUCAGGAUAGACCGAGCCAUAGAAUGCAGACGGAAAUUCGCCUUUAAAGCAUGCCAUCCCAAAAUCAAGAGUUUCUUUUUUGCCACGGACUGCCUAGAGGAAAUGAACAGGUGGAUGAAUCGCCUGGGACUCGCGGCUAUUGGCUACACACCUGACGACAAGGUACCUCGACCUGAUGAAGACUACUGGAGUGAAAGUGACCAGGACGACAUUGAUGGCUCCCUCACCUUGAAACAGGAAGGUCCUUCCUCCAUGUGUGACACCUACCAUCAGACCCCCUCCGUGAACUCCUCCAGCCCGUUCCCAGAGCCCAAACACGGGCGGCACUUCUCGAGCGAGUCGACCUACUCUCAGUCGUCAGCGGAGGACUCCCGACAGGACCCCACGGGCAGCACGCACUCCUCGGGCUGUCGCUCCUCGUACCGCGAGCGCCGAUCCUGGCAGGACCUGAUCGAGACCCCACUCACCAGCUCCGGGCUGCACUUCUUGCAGACGGUGCCCUCUGACCCCGAGUACGCGAGCGGCCGGCCGGGUAUGUCCCCUGAGCGUCGGAGACAGGCAACCCUGCCUGUGCAGCGCCGCCACCACGCAGACCGCGACGGGCCUUUCCCGCUGGUUGGGUGUGAACGAGGCUUCAACCCCCACCGGCGGGCACACAAGCAACGCAGCCAGAGCCUGCCACGCAACCGCGAUGCCCGGGGCAAGGGCAGCGUGCACCCAGCGGGGCUCUCCGAGGAGAAGUCAGAGGACGAAGAGAUUGAGUUUCACAAGCAGAAUGGAUCAAGUAAAGAAGAGGGCCAGUGGGAAGAGCAAGAGAGACACAGGAAACAGGAGAGCCAUGACGGUCUGCAGGAGCUCUAUAAGACCCUGGAGCAGGCCAGCCUGUCCGCCUUCGGGGAACAGCGGCCAUCCACCAAGCAGGAGUUCCGGCGCUCGUUCAAUAAGAGGUGCAACGACCCCAUCAUCAACGAGAAGCUGCACCGGAUCAGGGCCCUGCGCAGCACGCUCAAGGCAAAGGAGGGCGACCUGGGCGUGAUUAACCACCUUCUUGACGACCCCAACCUGACCUCAAAGAAGUUCAAGGAGUGGAAGCAGAGGCACCACGAGCUGUUCAUGGACAUUUGUGAGUUCAGCAGGGGGCCCAGCAAGCCUCAGAACGGAGCCUCCGAACUGUCAGCCCUGCCUCCCCUCAUGACACACACCCACUCCUUCAUCGAGACGCACGUCUGAGACACAAGGGGGUGCUGUGGAGCCUGCUGGCAGUUCCUGAAGAACACAAUCAACCCCAAGCCCUCCUUCUGCGUCACCCUUAAAGAGACACUCCCAAACCCCAUACCCAACCAACCACUGUAAUAUUUGUAAAUAAUGUAUUCAAAACAAAAAGUUAUCCUGUAAAUAUGUUGGAUGAAAGUGAAUAGUGCCACAGGAUGCCUAAAACAUGCAUGAAGAGAAAGUAUUAUACUUAUGUUUUCUUCUUAACAAAAAACAAAAAAACAAACAGAAAAAUAUUUUAGUUGUGCUGUUGUGGAGCACUGUGUGCAUUUUUAUUUAAUUUUAUUCAUUUUUUAAUUUAAUUUAUAUUUUUUGCGAUAAACAUGAGGCAAUGUAGCAGCAUUAUUGAUGGGGAAUCUCUCCGACCAGUACUAAAGCUUAUAUUGCACCUGCUCUCAUAAGCUGCUCACAGAUUUUUAUAUUAUUAUUAUUAUUAUUAUUAUUAUUAUUAGUAUUAUUAUUAAUUGUUUUUAAGCGAUGGAUUAAAGGUAACCCAAUAGUAAGAUCUAGGGGCGUCUACCGACUCACUAAUGGAGGAGACCCCAAAGAAACCUUGUUUAACUCUUUACGGGCUGGACAGUUUUCUGAAAAAAUGACAUGCAUGACAUUCUAACAUGCACUGGGAAAGCGUUACGAUUUGCAUAAAGCAGCUACUCAAUAAAUCAUUUAAAACUGUGAAUUAAAUCCUUGUGAAUCCAAUCUUUAGAUUCUGGCUAUUCAGAAUCCCCAAAAAAGAGGAAAGAAACGCUUGCUUGAAUCAUCUCUGUUGCUUCAGUCACAAGCCAGUAUUGCUUAGGAAGACAUUCCUAGCUCUGGGUUGAACUCAGGUUUAUGUUCUGUUCUGUUGAAGCACCUUUAUGUCAACUAUUGGCUUACAUUCAUACAGCAUUAGCGUACUGUUGAGAGCAUUGCAGCUCCUUCAGACAUCAGAAGGCAGCUCCACUCUCCAGCUGAAAUGAACUGAGAUAACUCCUUAUUGUUUUGUUUUUAAGGGAUAACUGAAACACAAGCAACUCCCGCAUCACAGCUAAUGUACACUAUCCUCACAUUGCCCUCCAUAGAGGAGGGACUGAGCUGCCAGUCUACUCCUCCAAAAGAAAGUGUGCCAUACAAACCUCUGGACAAUAGAAAUUAG